AUGAAGAAAAUGGGGCUCGUGGCCUCCAGACUUUGCGCCACUACGAUCCACAUUAUAACACAACUCCACUUGGCGAGGUCACCGGACGAGAACCUGCUGAAACUGCUGGCUAUAGACGGGUUCAUGAUAUGCGUGUGGCUACAAACAGAUAGUGGUGGUUGGGCGCUAGAAACUAUGAUCGACAUAGAGGAUGGACUAUGGUCAUUGUGCCCACGCAUCCCUGCUCGCACUCGCCCUAAUGUACUAGUUGAGUUCCAGAGAUCUGGGAAGAGGAACGGCGAUGUGGUGCUGCUAGAGACUCUGCAUAUGGAAACUGCAGAUAUGGCUGUAUUGCUUGAAUCAUUGCAUAAACUUAAGCACCUGAGGUAUCUAGCACUAGUAAAUGCUGAUAUAUCUAUUCUUCCAGGAAACAUUGGCAAGAUGAAACUGUUGCAAUUCCUUGUCCUUGUUGGAUGUACAGAAUUGGUGAAUCUUCCUGACAGCAUUGUGAAGCUUGGCCAGCUGAGGCUUCUUUCACUUCCCGAAGCAAGUAUGGUACCUAGAGGGUUUAGUGGUCUGACAAAUAUGAGGAGACUAACUAUGUUUCGAGCCCACAUGGAUGGUGAUUGGUGCAGUUUGGAUGAGUUGGGGCCUCUUUCCCAACUCAGGUUUCUUGAAUUACAUCAAUUGGAGAAUGUAUCUACUGCCUCAUUUGCUGCUAAUGCUAGGCUCGGCGAGAAGAUGCAUCUUAUCAGGCUACUCCUGUACUGCACAAGUAAAAUGAGAUAUGAUGGGUUGGUCAAAAAGAAGGAAGGUGUCUCUGAUGAAGAGCAGCAACGAAUUGAGAAGGUUUUCAAUAAGCUCUGUCCUCCACCUGGUGUAGAAUAUCUUGAAAUCAAUGGGUAUUUUGGCCGGCAACUCCCGAGCUGGAUGAUGUCCACAUCAAUGGUGCCCCGCAACAACUUGAAGACUAUAUUGUUUGAUGAUCUGGCUUGUUGCACACAACUUCCCAAUGGGUUGUGCCAGCUCCCCAGUCUGCAGUUUCUACAGGUCUCUCGUGCUCCAUGCAUCAAGCAUGUUGGGACUGGAUUCUUGCAGGCGGCAGCAACUUCAUUUCCAAGGUUAAAUGAAAUGAUCUUGGACGGAAUGGUGGAAUGGGAGGAGUGGGAGUGGGAGGAGCAAGUACAAGCCAUGUCCCGUUUGGAGAAACUUGUGCUCAAUAGAUGCAGACUGAGGCAUGUUCCUCCAGGCCUUGCCUCCAAUGCAACCUCUUUGAAAAUAUUAGCUCUAGAACAUGUCAAGCACCUCAGCUACAUUGAGAGAUUUCCUUCUGUUGUUGAGCUUACAGUGAAUGGAUGCCCUGACCUGGAGAGUAUCACCAAUCUCCCCAAUGUGCAGAAGCUUACCAUCGUCAACUGCCCAAAGUUGAAGGUGCUGGAGCGUAUCGCUUCACUCGAGAGGCUGCUCCUGCGGGAUUACAACAUGGAAAAACUCCCAGAAUACAUGCGAGACAUAAAGGCAAGGCAUCUGCAGUUAUUCUGCAGGCUAUGGUUGCUCUCUGCAGUAGCCGCGGGACAAUCCGGCAUUGAGUGGGACAAGUUCAGCCACAUGGAGCAUGUCAAGGCAUAUUCAGGUGAUGUAGACAACCAAAGAAAAUGGUAUGUUUUGUACACGAGAGGAGACAACUGCAAGUUGGAUUCAAAUAUUAGCAGCUCUACCAUAUUUGAAGAAACCUUAUCAUCUUGUAUGGUGGACCAACAAGGAUUUGAGUCUCUGUACAGAAUGAGAAGAAGCACCUUCAGUUAUGUCUGCAGCUUGGUGAGGAUCCCAUUUUUUGAAGAUAUGAUAGCAAGGGAGCCCACCUUUGUCGAUGGGAGAGUGUUGUCUUUACAUGAUGGAGUAGCCAUUGCUCCGAGGGUACUGAACUCAGGCGAGCCACCAAAGAUCGUAGGAUCCUCUCUUGGUGUCAACGAGUCAAUUGUCUCGCUGGUAACUCAAAGGUUUGUUGAGGCUAUGUGGGAGCCAGCAUUCAAUCACAUGCGUUGGGCAGAUGCUAAAAUGGAAAAGGUCAAGCGCAAGUUUGACAAGAUUCACGGCCUGCCAAACUGCUGCGGCGUUGUACAUACAACGCACAUCACGUUUGGAUCACAAAACCAUGAACCUGGUGAUCAGCAGAAUGACGAUAGGCUUAUGCUAGUCGUUGAUCCAGAUCUGAAAUUCACGGACACUCAGUUGGGAUCACAAAACCAAUUGAGCGUUUUGCAUGAUUCUUGGUUCUUUGAGUCCUGCCAGCAGGGUACGUUGCUGAAUGGUAGUAAGCUCAAGUUUUCAGAUGGCUUGGAAUUAUCAGAUGGCUUGGAGGUUGGAGAAUACAUCAUUGGUGACGCAGGAUACCCUCUUCGUCCCUGGCUCCUCACACCUUACGAGUUGGAGAAUGGCCUCUCAGUCUCAUACGCCAAAGUUGAGUUCAACAGAAGACACUCUGCUUCUACAGCUGCUACGCUGAGGGCACUAACAAGGUUGAAAGACACGUGGAAGUGCCUACAGGGAGAAGGGUGGCAUCCAAAUAAUCAACGUGAGAUGAACCGGACAAUCGGCGCGUGCUGCAUAUUGCAUAACAUAGUGAUAGACAUGGAGGAAGGUGGAGGCAUGCUGAGCAAUCAGGAGGAGAAAUACAUGGAGCAAGUACGGCAGUUAGCAGAAGAGGACGCCGUCAGGGUGAGGGAUGCACUGUCCCAGUACAUGAUCAAUUCUGGAGUACAUCCAAUGGCAGCAGAGGAGGAACGAGAAGGGGUAGCAGCUGCAUCCGGUUCGGGAGAGGAAAACAAGGAACCACAAACAUCAGAUCAAGGAAAGGAGAAGGCUUCUGGUAAUGGAGGCAGAGUGAUGCUGUCAGGCUGGCCUGGCUCCACUAGAAUGGAGAAGAUCAAGCACAAGUUUGAGAAGAUCCACGGCCUGCCAAACUGCUGUGGUGUUGCACACACAGCUCUGAUCACCUUUGGAUCACAAAACCGUGGCCAUGGGGAGAAUGGUAGUGUGCUAACGAAAUUUGUCAUUGAUCUGGAUAUGAGGUUCGUAGAUAUUUGGUUGGACUGUGAUCUCUUGAAGUUCUUUGAGGAGGGUGCUUUGCUCAAUGGUAUUCAUCGGUUGAAUGGCAGUAGCCUGAAGUUAUCAGAUGGCUUGGAGGUUGGAGAAUACAUCAUUGGUGACGCAGGAUACCCUCUUCGUCCCUGGCUCCUCACACCUUACGAGUUGGAGAAUGGCCUCUCAGUCUCAGACGCCAAAGUUGAGUUCAACAGAAGACACUCUGCUUCUACAGCUGCUACGCUGAGGGCACUAACAAGGUUGAAAGACACGUGGAAGUGCCUACAGGGAGAAGGGUGGCAUCCAAAUAAUCAACGUGAGAUGAACCGGACAAUCGGCGCGUGCUGCAUAUUGCAUAACAUAGUGAUAGACAUGGAGGAAGGUGGAGGCAUGCUGAGCAAUCAGGAGGAGAAAUACAUGGAGCAAGUACGGCAGUUAGCAGAAGAGGACGCCGUCAGGGUGAGGGAUGCACUGUCCCAGUACAUGAUCAAUUCUGGAGUACAUCCAAUGGCAGCAGAGGAGGAACGAGAAGGGGUAGCAGCUGCAUCCGGUUCGGGAGAGGAAAACAAGGAACCACAAACAUCAGAUCAAGGAAAGGAGAAGGCUUCUGGUAAUGGAGGCAGAGUGAUGCUGUCAGGCUGGCCUGGCUCCACUAGAAUGGAGAAGAUCAAGCACAAGUUUGAGAAGAUCCACGGCCUGCCAAACUGCUGUGGUGUUGCACACACAGCUCUGAUCACCUUUGGAUCACAAAACCGUGGCCAUGGGGAGAAUGGUAGUGUGCUAACGAAAUUUGUCAUUGAUCUGGAUAUGAGGUUCGUAGAUAUUUGGUUGGACUGUGAUCUCUUGAAGUUCUUUGAGGAGGGUGCUUUGCUCAAUGGUAUUCAUCGGUUGAAUGGCAGUAGCCUGAAGUUAUCAGAUGGCUUGGAGGUUGGAGAAUACAUCAUUGGUGACGCAGGAUACCCUCUUCGUCCCUGGCUCCUCACACCUUACGAGUUGGAGAAUGGCCUCUCAGUCUCAGACGCCAAAGUUGAGUUCAACAGAAGACACUCUGCUUCUACAGCUGCUACGCUGAGGGCACUAACAAGGUUGAAAGACACGUGGAAGUGCCUACAGGGAGAAGGGUGGCAUCCAAAUAAUCAACGUGAGAUGAACCGGACAAUCGGCGCGUGCUGCAUAUUGCAUAACAUAGUGAUAGACAUGGAGGAAGGUGGAGGCAUGCUGAGCAAUCAGGAGGAGAAAUACAUGGAGCAAGUACGGCAGUUAGCAGAAGAGGACGCCGUCAGGGUGAGGGAUGCACUGUCCCAGUACAUGAUCAAUUCUGGAGGUGCCGUGAUUGGGCAGCAUUCAAUUAAAUUGUCAAGUGCGUUUCACCAUUGCAGCUGGCCUGGCUCCACUAGAAUGGAGAAGAUCAAGCACAAGUUUGAGAAGAUCCACGGCCUGCCAAACUGCUGUGGUGUUGCACACACAGCUCUGAUCACCUUUGGAUCACAAAACCGUGGCCAUGGGGAGAAUGGUAGUGUGCUAACGAAAUUUGUCAUUGAUCUGGAUAUGAGGUUCGUAGAUAUUUGGUUGGACUGUGAUCUCUUGAAGUUCUUUGAGGAGGGUGCUUUGCUCAAUGGUAUUCAUCGGUUGAAUGGCAGUAGCCUGAAGUUAUCAGAUGGCUUGGAGGUUGGAGAAUACAUCAUUGGUGACGCAGGAUACCCUCUUCGUCCCUGGCUCCUCACACCUUACGAGUUGGAGAAUGGCCUCUCAGUCUCAGACGCCAAAGUUGAGUUCAACAGAAGACACUCUGCUUCUACAGCUGCUACGCUGAGGGCACUAACAAGGUUGAAAGACACGUGGAAGUGCCUACAGGGAGAAGGGUGGCAUCCAAAUAAUCAACGUGAGAUGAACCGGACAAUCGGCGCGUGCUGCAUAUUGCAUAACAUAGUGAUAGACAUGGAGGAAGGUGGAGGCAUGCUGAGCAAUCAGGAGGAGAAAUACAUGGAGCAAGUACGGCAGUUAGCAGAAGAGGACGCCGUCAGGGUGAGGGAUGCACUGUCCCAGUACAUGAUCAAUUCUGGAGUCCACACAACGGCUGCGGAGGAGGAAAAAGAAGCCGCAGUAGUAGUUGCAUGUGCAUCAGGUCCAGGAGAUGAAAACAAGGAACAAACAUCAGACCGAGGAAAUGAGAAGACACAUGAUAAUGGAUCCAAAGGCUGA